UUCAUCAGACUUUAGAAGUAAAGUUAUUGUCCGUUUACACAUUGGUGAUACUAAUGGGAGGGUCUUUCUCUCAAUGUUUAAAAGCACAUAUUUUUCAGAAAGCCAGGAAUUUGAGUGUAAAACAUUUCUCAGGCUGAGCUGUUAUGUUUGUGAGCUUCCUGUAACCAUUUCUGUUGCUAAACAAAACCUGAAGUCUAUGGAGAAUCAAGCCCUCAAUCAACAAGGAGAGGCUCCUGGGGCAGGGAACACACAUCGUCCCUUCAACAUGAAUCAUUACGCUACUAAGAAGAGUGCAGUGCAGAGCAUGUUGGAUGUGGCUCUUCUGAUGGUGAACUCCUCUCAGCUGAAGACAGUGCUGCAUUCAGGAGCACAGCACUGCUUCUAUGCUCCUCUCAUCGCUCUGAUCUCACUGUCCAUCUCACUGCAGGUCACUGUGGGCCUCCUGCUCAUCUUCAUUGUGAAGUAUGACCUGAAUGAUGUUAAGAUACAGCCAAGGCUAAACACAAUGAAUAAUAUGGCCACUGUUUUAGUGUUCUUUACUGUUCUUAUCAACAUCAUCAUCACGGUAUUGAGGAUUUGAGUCUGGAGGGUGAGCAGAGUCUCUCUUUUUUUUUUUUUUCUCCGUCUUUAUAAUUUAAAGAGUAUUUAAGUCUGGACAUCUAAACUUUAUUCUUUACAGUACAUUAAUUAUAAUACUGUA